AUGGCUGGCACUGACGCUUCCCUGACACUGACGCACAGUGCGACCUCGACGAGUACAACACAAGCGGCUGUUUCGACAUCCCGGACGGGCUCAAAGUUACUCACAUCGCGAAACAUGGAGAUAGCAGGCGUUUCUGCUGCUACUGGAGUUCUGUGCACGCUUGCCAUCGGUCUCUGCAUAUUCUGCUGUCUGCGGCGGCGACGACGCCGACGGCAGACGAACGUGGGUCGCCAAUCACGACCAAGAUACAAGGCCGGGGUUCGUGAGAUAGUCCGGUACCAAGGACAAAAUGACAGGAGUCGAUCACGAACUGACUCGGUAGCAUCACGGGAUCCCUAUCGCCGCGAAGUUACGCCGGACGUGAUGAUACCAGCGGCAUAUGCCCCUUCGUCCACAUUCAGUUCCAUGGCGAGCAAAGAACACGAUCUUGAGCCGCAGGAGAUGAUGGGUCUUGGACUGAGCGUGGAUGACUUCAACAGACGGAGCAGAUCUCGGUCGCCCGUACACAGUCUCGAAGAACCUGUUGAACUUGCCUCGCAGCGUUUUUCGGCUGUCAAUCCACACGUCGAUGACGAUGGCACUACUUACAAGGAGUAUCUACGCGACGCUCAGCCUGUGCCGUUGGAGAGAAAAUCAAAUCGCGGAAGUCAGGGUAUCUCUCCACCGGGCGAGUACGAUGCGGAGAGCAUAGCAACGUCGAUUGAAGGAAAACUCAAGAUGAUAAAACCCCAACCGCCAAAGCGGAAGAAGUUCAGUCGAGCACAGAUUGAAGGCACGCCAGACGAAGUCCUCACUUUCGAAACGCAGAAGCUCUUGCGCAAAGCAGCCUCGGAUGAUCCAAGCGAAGCGAAUGGUGAUUCGAAGCCCUUCACUCCUCUAGAGUCUGGGACGCAGCUCGAACUCGAGAUCGUGGAGCUUUCAUCAACGGGUGACGGACUGGCGUUUUCUCCAGACCGGAAACACGUCUACGUCGUCCCAUUUUGCGUCCCUGGAGAUCUCGUCCUCGCAGAAACGUUCAGACAGAAGCCGCAUCCGACACACACCUUUGCGUCAUUCGUCGAAGUUGUGCGGCCGUCCCCGAAGCGCGAGGGUGUUACGCCCGGGUGCAAGUACUUUUCAAAGUGCUCGGGAUGUCAGCUCCAGAUGAUCCCGUACGAGGAGCAACUCAAGCACAAGAAGACGAUCGUGGAGAAGGCGUUUCAGAACUUCUCUAACCUCGACCCAUCGCUCAUCCCGCCCGUCGGCGAAACCAUAGGAUCACCGCUGCAAUACGGGUACAGAACGAAGCUUACGCCUCACUAUGACGGACCUCCCAGAAGAAACCCAAAGUUCUGGACGGACAAUCCACCCCCGAUAGGUUUCUCCAUGAAGAACCACAAGGUUCUCGACAUCGAACAAUGCCCUAUAGGCACGCCUAUCCUCAAUGAAGGCAUGGCCCUCGAGCGCAAGAAGGCCCAUGAGACGUACAAGACACGCAAGAACGGCGUGACUAUUCUUCUUCGUGAAUCUACCAAGCGCGUCAUGAAGAGAUCAUCACCGUCUCCUCCUCCUCCUCCUGCCGCUGCCCCUGCUUCUCCUCCUAAGCGUGCGACGUCCCUGGUACCGCCUUCUGCCAGCGAAAUCCGAACGGACGACCGUGACUACACCAUCAUCCCUGUGCCUGAACCGACCGAGGAAACUCGUCACGUCCGCCUUCCAGACGCGCCGGAGAUAACGUACACUUAUCCUACGCACAAGGACAUCAAAACCUACACGUCGCUCACCCACGACUUCACGACCGAAUACGUCGGCGACUUCACGUUCGUGUCGAGAGCGAACAGCUUUUUCCAAAACAACAAUUCCAUCCUACCGACUUUUAUGAAUUACGUUCGAGAACACUGUAUUCCGGCAUCAGCGUCGUCGCCGUCAGUGUCCAGUGGUCCAACUUCAGCAGCAGCACCAACAGCUGCCGCUACGACACCACCACCGGGAAGUACAGAUGAUGCCACCACCACUAGCACAACAAUGAAGACAUCGACGGUUUCGGCCACUGCUCUCGCCAGCACCAGCUCCAGCAACGAACCACCGAUCAAAUACCUCCUUGACGCGUACUGCGGCAGCGGCCUCUUCGCAGUCUGCCUCUCGCCGCUCUUCAGCUCGGUGCUAGGCAUCGACAUUGACGCCAUGGGCAUCGAGGCGGCGCGCGAGAACGCCAAGCUCAACCACAUCCCCAACGCAGGCUUCAUCGCCGCCGACGCCGACGUGCUCUUCGCCGACGUGCCGUUCCCGCCGGACCAGAGCCUCGUCGUCAUCGACCCGCCGCGCAAGGGCGCCAGCGUCGACUUUCUCCGGCAGCUGUGCAACUUUGGACCCAAGCGCGUCGUCUACGUGAGUUGCAACGUGCACACGCAGGCCCGGGACGUGGGCAUGCUCGUCACCGGCCUGGGCAAGAAGUGGAGGUACGAGAUCGAGAGUCUGCGGGGCUUCGACUUUUUCCCCCAGACGGGACACGUCGAGGGACUGUGCUUCCUGAACCGAGUGCCACAGGCGGACUGA